AUGUCACACCCAACACCACGAGGACCUGGCGUCAUGUUCCCGUCAGCAGAGAUUCCACAGUCGAUCGAAACGCACAUGAGUGAAGCUCAGCCAUUCCUGGACGACACUUCGACUAAGCCCGCCUUCUCCUUCACCUUGAACCAGAACAGCUCGACUCCUGCGACCAGUCAACACUUCCCUGACAUUCACCCUGUUCCGACCGGUAGCUUCGAGGGCACUGAUAACAAUAUACGACCUGCGGGCAAUCGCGCUGUCAACUGGUCCAUUCCUCCAUACAGUAGCUUUGGCGUGCCUCACGCCGAGGCCGGCUCUCAGCCUGGUGCCGACGUUGACAUGGAGGAGCUGACCCGACAGCAUGUCAAGAAUACUUUUGAUGUAAUCGAGCAAGAGCUUUCGUCUGUUCUGAAAACCGUCAACGCUCACGGCCAGGCCAUAAACGAGAACCAUAACCAGAUCGAGCUUCAGGGUCGUGAACUCACGAAGCAGGAGUCUGCAAGAGUGAUCAUGAACGCGAGCAUCAACGCUGUGAGGUUUGACCUCGACGAUCUGAAGGUCGAGCUGGCGACCAAAGACAAGCAGCGAGCAGCCAGAGAAAAGCAGCAAGCGUUACAAAACGAAGAACAGCUAUCAGAAGCUGCAGCUCUGAAGUCCAGAAUCGACAACUUGGGAGUGGCGGCUUCAGUCUUCCAGUUCAAUCACGAGGUUCACCACGGCUUUCGCGUCCAGCAAGAAGCAUUCAACAGCGCCCAGAACUCACGUCUGACUACUCUCGAAUCAUCAAAGACUUCCGCGUCUAUAGCUAUCAACAAGCUCGAGCGCGACUCGGCUAUGCAAGAGCAAGCGAGAGUCGCACGCGAGAGAAAAGAUCGUACCCUUCAUCUCCGAGUUCUUGAACUGGAAACCAAGCUAGCGUCCGAGACGAAUGCUCGAAUUGCACUUGAGGGCAAGGUGGCCUCUGUGGAGAAUGCAAUCAAAAUCGAGGAGGCUGCGAGACUCGCGCUCGAGGCCGACUUCGCACUCCACAAGAGAUCGAGCAUCAAUGAUCGGCGACAGUUCGAGCAUGACUUGGCUGCCGAGAAGGAUGGGCGGCUCGAGCUGGAGGAUGCGAGAUCCGAUCUGGAGGCUGAUAUUGCUGUGCUGAAGGAUGCCCAGAUUUCGAAUGAGAGAUCGAUCACCAAGGUCGUCCGACAGGUUGCGACUGCCAACGAUGGCACGAGUGACGUCCAUCAAGAGCUGGCGACCCUCAAGAGCGAUGUUGCGGUCAUGACUCGCGAGCAAAAUGAACUCAAACAACUUCGGGCCUCGUUCAUCAACGCCAGACUCGCUCAAGCAACCAUCAUCGGCAAUCUUAACAUCGUCAUGCGCAAAGGAGACGCCAUCGAGAACAGAAGUCCAGAUCUAAGUUGCCAGAUCGAAGCGAAGCUCUCCAACUGCAAAAGCUUGUCACGUCUGGACGAAUUACUCGGUGUCAAGUCGGCCUCGCACUUCCGGCAAAUCUUCCAAUUUCCACAGGCGGUGCUGGCAAAGGUGUACCGCUUUACGCGAGCUCAUUUGCAACGUUCAAGCGGCGAAAAAAUCGUCAUGGAAGGCGCUGAUCCAGCACAGUUCCAGGAGUGGGUCGAGAGUGAGGCCAUUGCUGAGUCUGUGCUGUUGCGCGCUGCGAUCGAUAUUGUGGUCACCACGGACGCUGCAGUCGCUGAUCGCUGGCGUAAGGAGGGCAAGAGUGUUGCAAAGGGCUUGGACAACGCUUCAAUUGCGACGUCCGGUGUCCUCAGCUUCAUCUAA